CUAUCUUGAUCGUUAAAAUACAAUAUAGAUAUAUAUUUACUCGUAUUCGUUUCAGGUAAAGAAUAUAAAUUUGUUGCAAUUUGACCCUGGUCAGCUGACGGAAAGCGGUAUGAAAUGUUUCGAACGAUUUUUCAAAACUGUCAAUUCAAAAGAAAGAAAAUAACGCCAGAAAAGAAGAGAUUAUCAGACUGACGAUCUUGAUUUAAUUGGAACUGAAUAUUUAUGGAGGGUACAUACCGUAUGAUUUGUUCGCAGUGAUUUGAAAUUCUUUGUAAUGAAUGAUUUUGUUUCGUUAUUUUGAAUAGGUGCUUACUUAUGGUGGUGACGCGAUCGCAAAUUGAGCUAUAGAAUUAUUAAAAGAGGUGAACACGAAUUUAGGCCCUCGUUUGCAAACGUCGUUGUGUGAUUUUCAUGAUAACCAUAUACCUGAGUGUAUCAAUCGUCUGAGAGCCUUAUACGAUACCAUAAGUAUAUUAAGCAAGCAAGAUAGCUCGUGUAUGGAAUCGAACGAAGGUCCUGUCAAGAAUCCAAUACGUAAAGAAUCUGUCAGGAUGUGUCGUAUCUUGAGAGUCUUAUACGAGUAUAUUAACGAAUGUGAUAAUAACUUCGCAUCCGAAAGGAAACUGUUACCUUUGUACAGAGCCGGACGAGGAAAACAUGUAGCUUUAAUCGUGCGACUCGCCAAUACCGGACGACAACCCGAUGAGAUAGAAUUAGUUUUGCACGGAAAUAUGACUGUCGGAUGUUUGAGGAAACAGAAAUUGCGUAAAUUGAAAUCGAUUUCGAAUAAUCUGAAAGUAGAAUUGUACGCGAACGGAGAAAUGUUGGACCCAAUUGACGAUAAAAGACUGAUAUCGGAUAUCCCUGCUAUUAAAGAUAAAUCGUUAUUGACAGCAAAGCUCGUGCAAGGAAGUGGUAAUUUGGUUAGUUCACCCGACGAUAGCAGUUCCGAUAGUUCAACUGGUUCACCGCACCAUGCGUUAGAUUUCUCUCCAAAUGAAGAUGAAAUGUACUUACCUGGCGUGAUUAUAUCGCGUAACGAACAAUACACCCAGUUCUUUUUUCAAAUCGCCGAUCGAGGUUGCGAACUAGGCGAUUCGGAUCUACGCGAUGCUGCCAGAAAUAUCCUCAGAAUUAUUCCACCUGAUCAAAACACUGUGGAGAAUUUAUACAUUUCAGAAGAAAUACUAGCUUCUAAACGUUUGCUCAGACCAGAUACAAAUCUUGAUUCAAUUAUCCAAACACAGUACUCAUAUCAAGAAGAAACAAAAGCUCAACAGUUUGAAGCUAUAGAAGAGCUGAAUGCUCGAUCAACGAACGUAUUGAAGCCUAAAACCUAAACGAAACGCGUUUCUAGCGUCCGUAGCAAUCUCAAAAUGCUGAUGAAACUCGAGUGUUUGAUUAAUAAUUCUGACUCGAAUGCGCUCAAUGCUUCCGUCAAUCCUCAGCCUUCAAUUACUGAAAACUCAUUUCGGUAGGUAAUACUAAACCUCUUUUUAUAAUGACUGUAGAAAGCUACGGAAAAAACGUAGAACGCGGUUGUACACAAAAUUUCAAAGUGCUUUUUUACGGCAAAGUAAAAUUCCGUAGCUUCUUACGAUUAAUGUUACGGAAAAAAGUACGGUGCCGUAAAAAAAAACACUUUGAAAUUUUGUGUACAACUGUUCUAAGUUUAUUCCGUAGCUUUCUAUACUUUCUACGGUCAUUAUAAUUAAAAGGCUCAAGCUUCGGAAGCAUAUUGUGUGAAUUGCUGAAGAUUAUGCAAAAUCUGACAACUUUGA